AUGCUCCCAGUUGUGAGUGUCCUCUUCACUCUCAGUCUUGUUCAAGGCGCCAAAGUCCACACAGUUGAGCAGUUGGACGUGGAUCUCUCGCUGGUGCCGAUUGGUGCGACUGUUGCCUUCCACAAUCCCUACUGGAAGCGCUACAUCAAGUUGGCGAGUGCCACCGUCGCGGGUGCCAGCAGCACCAACACGAACGCUAGCCCCCUACCAUCAGGGUGGACUCACGAACGUUUCUUGGUGGUGGAUGCUGGGAAUGGACUGGUGGCACUUCACAAUGCAAUCCACAACGGUUUUCUGAAGGUCACUUCAAAUGGGCUUUGCCAAGGUUACGGUGCUUCAGUGUCAGACCUGGGUCCGGAAUGGCUCAAUGAACGCUUCAAGGUGGUGGAUGCCGGGCCGGGGCGGAUUGCUUUGUGGAGCCCCAUGUGGGGAAAGUACGUGAAGAUGCACGACACGCAGAUGAAGGCAGAUGCAACCGCGAUCGGGGAAUGGGAGGAAUUCACUCCAGUAAUUGUGAACGCAGGCAAUCCAUUGCAGCCUCUUAUUGGCCACACGAUAGCCCUGCACAAUGCUCACCACAAUCGCUUCAUCAAAAUGAAUUCUGGUGGUGUGACAAGGAGUGAUGCAAAAGACAAAGACCAGUUGCCAGCCGCUUGGGAUGAAGAGCGCUUCACAGUGGUUGAUGCUGGGAACAAUCGAAUUGCUCUUUACAAUCGCAAGCGCAACCGUUUUGUGAAGAUUCCCAAUGGAGGUCCUGUUGCUUCCAGCCCCACGAUCGAUGCAAAUUCGCCACCCGUCUUCCCAAGCGGUUGGGGAGCAGAAGCAUUGUCUGCGGAAGAUGUGGGAGAUGGACAGAUUGCCUUGAAAGGCACUUACUUCGGUCGCUACAUGCGCAUGCAUUACACCGGAGUGGAUUCAGAGGCAACGACACCAGCAACUUGGGAACGCUAUACAGUUGUGAGGACCCAACAUCCACUGAUCUCAGUGUUGCUCGGACGCUCCGUUGCUCUUCACAAUGCGCACCACAACCGCUUGCUGAAGAUGACUGGAUCGACGAUCGACCGCAGUCCCACGGUGAAUGUGAACUCAAUCCCGAGCUACUACGCAUCCGAGAGAUUUUCUCUGGUGGACGCUGGUGACGGCAAGAUUGGUCUCCAUACCCCUUACUACAACAAAUUCAUGGCGGUGCAGAGCAACAUGGCCAUGUCCUGCAGCGCAGAGAAAGAUGCAAAUCUGCCGUUACGUGAUGAGUCCUUGUCGUUUACCGCGGUGGAUUGUGGUCAGGGUGCCAUUUGUCUUCGGGUGGAUUUCCUGAACCGCUUCGUGAGCAUGCGGAACAGUGACGUGUAUGCGACUGGCCAAAGCACUGCAGCCUGGGAGCGCUUCACAGUCGUAGAGCUUCUUGUCUUCAAGUUCACGGCCAGCAAAUUCUUAGUGCUGGUUUUGAUGUGUGCCCAUUUUUUGGUAAGACUCUGA